UAUUUUCCGAAAGUCUAGUUCCCCUCAUCCACUAUGACCGUGCCAGUGGAGGAAGAGCCCGCCUUCAAUCUCACAGACGUAGAUCGGGCCGUCCUCGCUCAAACAGACGAGGAAUUCGCAUACCAUGGCUGGGAGGAGCUCAAAGAUAUCAUUGCACGAGGCGAUCUCGGUAUCCUCAAGCGGAAACCCUCCGAUCUGGUCCGAUAUCUGGCCUGGUCCAAAGAAACCAAGGCCAAAUAUGGCACAAUCAUCAACUAUAUCUGCCAGCGGCGGCUAGGGUGGCAGUUGCCGACGGAAGGGCCCAGCUUCAACAACCCGAUCCCCUUUGCCGACCCCGCAGACUACAAGAUUCUCCGCAACGACUGGCCCUACGGGCUAGCUAAGGGGAUCGCGCAUUUGGUCGUGUGGUCGCGGACGCCGAUCCCCGUGCAAGAUGCAGACGGGGUCAUUACGGCGGAGAGCCAUGCGCUGAUUGAGAAUUUCGUGCAGCGAAUGUUUGUAGACAGGCUGGCAAAGGAGGAUGGAGUAAAAGAUCCGCAAGAUCGGGUUCUGUGGUUUAAGAAUUACACCGCCUUGCAGAGCGUGAGGGGAUUGGAGCAUGUUCAUAUUCUUCUUAGAGAUGUUCCUGAUCGGUUGAUAUAUGAGUGGACGGGUGAAUGAUGGUAUACUUAAGAGUACUAAGACUAGACAGACAUGAUACAAAAUCAAAGGCCUCAGACGUGCUAGAUUGGGAAUCCUGAAAACUGGUAAAGUACAGAGAUAAUGAGCAUAAAUGAUAGAAACAUGGUAAGCCCCGUGACUUCCCCU